AAAACAAGAAUUAAGAUCAAAAUUAUUGAAACAAAUACGUAAACACACAUCCAACACAACAACAAAAAGAUGCGAUCUUCGCCUUACGCCUAUCACCUUGGCAACGAUGCCAGCGAAGAUGAUGGUGACAGCGACGCACUCGACUAUCAAAUGGCGGCGGCAAUUAGUUCCAACCAUCGCCAACAUCCACACCAUCAAAUGGAAUUGAAAUUGAAAGAAAUACCCGAGAAAUAUUUGAUGGUGAUUGCGCACUUCCUGGCGGGCGACUUCAAUGACACCGAUGCGAUGGACAGCGUCAACGGCCCCAUACUGAAGGCGAGCAUUAAAUCUGUCUAUUGGCUUUUCCUCAUUCAAUACGCGAUGUUGGCACUCGCCGGCAUCGCUAUGAAUGUCAGCAUAAUAGCUUAUGCUAUGUACCAUCGUCUCUACAAGGAUGUGACGCACGCGUUCAUUGUUAAUUUGGCGUUGUGCCAUUUGGUGCAGUGUGCUCUGGUGUUGCCCAUAACGCUGAUGGUGAUGCUCAUACAGAAUUGGAUUUAUGGGCAAUUUUUGUGCUUCUUUUUGCCGAU